AAAACACUUAACCAAGAUUUUACAAAUGUCUAAAUAAUCUUUGCACGUCUUCUGUUUGAACUUGUCUAAUUUUGUUGGGAAUCGUUGUCUCCCACUUUUAUAAGUAACGUUUUUCUAAAAUAUCAUAAAUUACCUAUAACGGCUUUGAAAAUGGAAGAUCUGCAGAAAUUGGAGGACGAGGCCAAGGCGAGAGGAACAAAAUAUGUGACGAACUUAUUACAACGUCCAGGGCAAUUGGAAAAAAUUGAUAUGUACAAACGUAGACUAAGCCGGAAAAAAGCUUCCGUGGAAACCAUGCUCAAAACUGCAAUGCAAAGUCAAUUAGAUGGAGUUCGUGUGGGUUUUGAACAGCUCCAGAGUUCCUUAGAAAGUAUUGCUUCUGUGAAACAGGAUGCAAAUGAUAUCGGUGUGUUGUUCAGCCAAAUUCCAGAACUAAACACGAAAUUACAAGCUGUUCAGGAGGAAAAUAUGCGUCACUCACAAUAUGUUACUGCCAAAGAGAAUUUGAAGCACACAUUCACUGUGCCUGACAGUGUCGAAAAGACUAAGCAAUGGAUAAAUGAGGGGAAGCUGUUACAUGCUCAUCAGAGCAUCAUGGAUCUUGAGAAUUCUAGGGAUGAUUUACUUUAUGAGCUUCAUAAAUUGCCAAAUCAAUCCCCAGCUGACACAAUUAUGUUAAAAGCUUACUUAGAAGAUGUUGAAAUGCUUUCACAAUUGAUGGAGAAACAGAUCAGAUUAGUAUUGAGUCGUACAUUAAAUACUGUAAGGAAAGAACCUACUGUUAUUGUAACAGCAUUAAGAAUUAUAGAAAGGGAGGAGAAGGCAGACCACUUUGCUAUUCAGAGGCAUAAACAAAGUGGAUUUAUGCCACCAGGUAGGCCCAAAAGAUGGAAAGACAUGGCUAUGAAAGUCCUUGAAAAGUCUGUGGCCAAUAGAAUUGAAGGAACUCACAUUGAAGAAAGGGUGGAUAAUAAAAUGUGGCUAGUUAGGUACUUAGAACUGACAAGGCUACUAAUUCUAGAAGACUUAAGAGUUGUUAAAACUCUUUGUGAGCCUUGCUUUCCACCUUGGUGGAACAUUGUAAGAACUUUUGUUAAAAUGUACCACAUAAGCUUAUCACAACAUAUGAAAGAUAUAAUUGCCAAUGGUUUAGAAGGAAAUGAAUACGUGUCCUUGUUAUCAUGGAUUAUGAAUACUUACACUGGACCAGAAUUGAUGCAGCAUAAAGAAUUGAAUAUUGAUACAAGUGACAUUGGACCCUUGUUAAGUCCAGAAAUUAUAAAUAAUCUUCAAGAUAAGUACUUGAAAAAUAUGUGCCAAAAUUAUGAGGAUUGGAUGCGGAAGACUUUAGAAACUGAGAAGGUUGAUUGGUGGAGUGGAGUUUUACCAGAAGCCAGUACUCAAGAUACAUACUACCACACUGCAGCGCCUGUAAUAAUAUUUCAAAUGAUUGAUCAGAAUCUUCAAGUGACAAAAACGAUUAGUGCUGAUUUAACAGCACAAGCAUUGGUACUAUGCAUUGAACAAGUAAUUAAAUAUGGAUUCAAGUACAGACAAGCAAUAUUGGAAUUUAAAAAUAAACACUUUGAAGAUAGAAGUCAAGUGCCAUACUUCACACAUCACAUGAUUACAGUUGUUAAUAAUUGUCUACAAUUUAUGGAAUUAGCACAACAAAUGAAACAACUUUACUGGGUUCCUAAUACUAGUGGAGAUGCUACAGUUAAAUUUGAAAACCUAUUGUCAAAUUAUCUGCAAUUACGGAAUGAAGCAGCAACCAUAUUGCUAGAAGAAUCUUUCCUGGAUUUAGAGUCACAAUUUCAAGAUCUAAUAACUCCCAAAUGGUUAUCAUCUCCAAUUCCUGUAGAAACCAUCUGUGUAACCUUGGAAGAUUAUUUCCAAGAUUACAACCAUUUAUGUCCAAAGAAUUUUGAGUAUGUCAUUACAGAAGCACAAAAUCUCAUUGCAAAACGUUACAUUUCCGCUAUGCUGCAACGAAAGAUAUCAUUAAAAACAUAUGAUGAAUGUUUAACUUGCACUUCGAAGAUAAUGACAGAAGCAGAUAAGCUAAAGAACUUUUUUGAUAGAAUAGCACCAAAAGUAGGAAACUUCAAUUCUCCUUUUGAAAUAAUCAAACGCCUUGCCGAAGUAUUGCGUUGUGAAGAUUCCGAAAUUCUUUCUCUUGAUUUGCAUUCGUUAGUUGAAAAGUAUCCAGAUAUGGUAGAAGAUCAUCUAAUUAGAUUGCUGGGCCUUAGAGGUGAUAUUUCUCGCAGUGAAGCAAGAGAAAAAGUUUCAUACAUCUUUGAAGCACAACGUAAUCGUAAAGUACCACAAUCUAUCACACAUAGUAUAUUCAAACAAAUAAUUAUACAGGAUAGCUUUCUUAGUUGGAAACCUUGA